CAGGGGAGAAGGAGGCCUCGCUCGCGCUUUCCCUUCGGGCCUCUGGGCCGGGCCUGGCCUGAGGCCCCGUCCGUCUCUCACAGGCCUGGCCCAGUGGCUUUAGGGCAGGGGCCCCCAAACUAAGGCCCGGGGGCCAGGUGCGGCCCUCCAAGGACAUUGACCUGGCCCCUGUCCUAAACUUCAGGCUUAGGGUUGACCUAAGUCUACCUGGUCUCUGGAGGUCUCUUUGCUUACUUACGGCCUUAUGAGAUCGUCUAGAUGGUCUUUGAAGGUCUCUUUGCUUAGCUACGGCCUUAUGAGACCAUCUAGAUGGCUUUUGGAGCUCCCUUUCCUUACCUAUGGUUUUAUGAGAUUGUCUAGAUGGCCUUUGGGGACCCUUUUCCUUACCUAUGGUCUUAUGAAACAAUCUGGAUGGUCUUUGAGGGUCCCUUUCCUUAUCUAUGGUCUUCUGAUGGCUUGAUGAAAUCAUCUAGAUGGCCUUUGAAGGUCCCUUUCCUUACUGAUGGUCUUAUCCAUUGAGGGCCAACAAAUCCAGACAAGACAGAGGUCCUCCUGGUCAGUCAUAAGGCUGAACAGAGUAUAGGGUUACAGCCUGUGUUGGACGGGGUCACACUCCCCCUGAAGACACAGGUUCACAGUCUGGGGGUUCUCCUGGACUCAUCGCUGGGCCUGGAGCCCCAGGUCUUGGUAGCCAGGGGAGCCUUCGCACAACUCGUGCACAGACUUGUGCACCGGCUGCGCCUGUUCCUUGGGAGGUCUGACUUGGCCACGGUGGUCCACGCGCUGGUUACAUCCCGUUUGGAUUACUGCAACGCGCUCUACGUGGGGCUGCCUUUGAAGACGGACCGGAAGCUCCAAUUAGUACAAUGGACAGCAGCCAGACUAAUAACGGGUGGCUUACAGGGAGUGUACCACCCCCCUGUUAAGCCAGCUCCACUGGCUGCCGAUAUGCUCCCAAACCCAAUAUAAAGUGCUGGUUUUGACCUACAAAGCCCUAAACGGUUCUGGUCCAACUUACCUGUACAAACACAUCUCCUCCUAUUAGCCCACAAGAACCUUAAGAUCAUCCGGGGGGGCCCUGCUCUCGAUCCCACCUGCCUCACAAGCGCGGCUGGUGGGGACCAGAGACAGGGCCUUCUUGGUGGUGGCUCCUCAGCUGUGGAACUCCCUCCCUAGUGACAUCCGGCAGGCUCCAUCCCUUCUGGAGUUUAGAAAGAAGUUGAAGACCUGGCUAUGUGCGCAAGCGUUUAAUGAAUGAACUCAGUUAGCGUUGACAUGGAUUGGAUUAAGGUUCUUGCACAAGGUGUGAAACAUCGGUACCGGGACUCUCCAGAGAUGGCCAACUUGGCCAGAGUUGCGCAAAGGCAUCUGAGGAGGGGCCAUUUGCCCAGUUGGACAAGAACGAGACAGCUUUGAAGGAGCGCCAUCACAGCCGCCUUGGAUAUGAGCGACUCAGCCAUAGAUUCAACAUCAACUCCUGAGGACGCAUCGGGGGAGAUGCCAGCGGCGGGAGCCGUGACGCCCCCCCAGGGGAAUAGUGCGGGUACGGCAACAGCUUUAGGAGUCAUCACGGAAGGGGUGGGCGAGCUGGCUGUCAUCGACCCCGAGGUGGCCAAGAAGGCCUGCGAGGAGGUGCUGGAGAAGGUUAAGCUGAUGCACUGCAUCUCUCCUGACGGAUCCAUCCGGUUGCGAGAGGGCAGGGGCAGUCCUCGGCACCAGGACCCGUCCCUUCCAAAUGGGGAAUGCUGUGAGAUCCGGUGUUUGGACGAUCCUCCAGAGGACAAAAUCCAAGAGGAAGAGGAGCAACACCAGCAGCAACAAACCCCAACAGGAGCCAGUUCGGUGAAGAGCGCCCGGCGCCGGCAGAAGAACAACUCGGCCAAGCAGUCCUGGCUGCUGCGGCUCUUCGAGUCAAAGCUCUUCGAUAUCUCCAUGGCCAUCUCGUACCUGUACAACUCCAAGGAGCCCGGGGUGCAGGCCUACAUCGGGAACCGGCUCUUCUGCUUCCGCAACGAGGAUGUGGACUUCUACCUGCCCCAGCUGCUCAACAUGUACAUCCACAUGGAUGAGGACGUGGGGGAUGCUAUCAAGCCCUACAUCGUCCACCGCUGCCGCCAGAGCAUCAACUUCUCCCUCCAGUGCGCCCUCCUUCUGGGGGCCUACUCCUCCGACAUGCACAUCUCCACCCAGCACCACUCCCGCGGGACCAAGCUUCGGAAGCUCAUCCUCUCGGACGAGCUCAAGCCGGCCCAGCGGAGGAGGGAGCUGCCGGCCCUUGGCCCGGCCCCCGACACGGGCCUCUCGCCCUCCAAGCGGACUCACCAGCGCUCCAAGUCGGAUGCCACGGUCAGCAUCAGCCUCAGCAGCAACCUAAAGCGGACAGCCAGCAACCCCAAAGUGGAGAACGAGGAUGAGGAGUUGUCAUCGAGUACGGAAAGUCUUGAUAGAGCCUUUUGCUCCCCCGUCCGCCUGGCCCCCGAGCGCGAGUUCAUCAAGUCGCUGAUGGCCAUUGGGAAGCGCCUGACCACGCUGCCCACCAAAGAGCAGAAGACCCAGCGCCUCAUCUCCGAGCUCUCGCUGCUCAACCACAAGCUGCCGGCCCGCGUCUGGCUGCCCACCGCCGGGUUCGACCACCACGUGGUGAGGGUCCCACACACCCAGGCCGUUGUGCUCAAUUCCAAGGACAAGGCUCCUUACCUAAUCUACGUGGAAGUACUUGAAUGUGAAAACUUCGAUACCACUAAUGUUCCGGCCCGGAUCCCAGAGAACCGCAUCCGAAGCACCCGCUCGGUGGAGAACCUUCCAGAGUGCGGGAUCACCCAUGAACAGCGGGCCAGCAGCUUCACCACCGUGCCCAACUACGACAAUGACGAUGAGGCCUGGUCCGUGGAUGACAUCGGCGAACUGCAAGUGGAGCUCCCCGAAAUGCACACCAACAGCUGUGACAACAUUUCCCAAUUCUCGGUGGACAGCAUUACAAGCCAAGAGAGCAAAGAGCCCGUUUUCAUCGCUGCAGGAGAUAUCAGGCGACGCCUUUCUGAGCAGCUGGCCCACACUCCGACAACGUUCAAGAGGGACCCCGAGGACCCAUCUGCCGUCGCCCUGAAGGAGCCCUGGCAGGAGAAAGUCAGGCGGAUCCGGGAGGGGUCUCCGUACGGCCACCUGCCCAACUGGCGCCUGCUUUCUGUCAUCGUGAAAUGUGGCGACGAUCUCCGGCAAGAGCUGCUGGCCUUCCAAGUUCUGAAACAGCUGCAGUCCAUCUGGGAGCAGGAGCGCGUCCCGCUUUGGAUCAAGCCGUACAAGAUCCUCGUCAUCUCGGCCGACAGCGGCAUGAUUGAGCCAGUGGUCAACGCCGUCUCCAUCCAUCAGGUGAAGAAGCAGUCGCAGCUCUCCCUCCUGGACUACUUCCUCCAGGAGCAUGGCAACUACACCACCGAAGCCUUCCUCACCGCCCAGCGCAACUUUGUCCAGAGCUGCGCCGGAUACUGCCUGGUCUGCUACCUGCUCCAGGUCAAGGACAGACACAACGGCAACAUCUUACUAGACGCCGAAGGGCACAUCAUCCACAUUGACUUCGGCUUCAUCCUCUCCAGCUCCCCACGGAAUUUGGGCUUUGAGACCUCGGCUUUCAAGCUCACCUCCGAGUUUGUGGAUGUCAUGGGCGGCCUGGAUGGCGACAUGUUCAACUACUACAAAAUGCUUAUGUUGCAAGGUCUCAUCGCGGCCCGGAAGCACAUGGACAAAGUUGUACAGAUUGUGGAAAUCAUGCAACAAGUUUGUCCUUUAGGUUGCCAACGGUGCUUAGGAGAAGCACAGGCGAGUCAGAGUCCUACAGUAGCGCAGGUCAUCUGUGAGUGUCGAGAGCAGCGAGAUCAGAUAAGUGAGCCAGUCUGUACAAAAAGUUCCCAGCUGCCCUGCUUCCACGGCUCCAGCACCAUCCGCAACCUGAAGGAGCGCUUCCACAUGAACAUGACGGAGGAGCAGCUCCAGCUGCUGGUGGAGCAGAUGGUGGACGGCUCCAUGCGCUCCAUCACCACCAAGCUCUACGACGGCUUCCAGUACCUCACCAACGGCAUCAUGUGACCGGGCCCUCGCUCUUUGCGCCCCUUCUCCCAAAACGCGGGGCACGGUGUGCGGAGGGAGAGGGGAACCGACGGGCUCUCUUCCCCUUCCCUUUCCUGUCUUGAGGAGCACAAGACGUCCCAGCGGCCAUCGUUCACUCGGAUUUCUUUUUAGACACCUGAGGUGGUGGCAUUGGGCGUUUCUGGGGUUUGGGGAUGUCGGCCGCGGAAGGAGGAACCUCGAAAACCCUUGGACGAGAAACAAAAACCUCUGGGAAUUGGCUUGGGAAGCCGCCAGCAGGGAUGGAUCCUUCCGGACGUUGUGGAGAAACGAGAAAACAAUUCCGCACGGAACCAUGUGCCUGGCGUGCACCCAUCCCUCCCUCCCUCCCUUCCUCCCUCCCAGAUCUUUUAUUUCAGUAUUAUGAUACCUCUUCACAUUCUCCGGACUUUUUCUCUUCCCUCCGCAUCUCACAAAUGUUUUCUUGGGGGUCCAGGUGAGAUGGGGAGGGAAGGAGGGAGUGAAAAAAGGGAGAGAGAAAGAAAGCGAGAAAGGGAUUUGUUCCGGCGCAGGGUCAAGGAAUGCCGCUGUUUCUGAGCCUCCGUUUUUCUUACUUCCUUCCCCUCCUCCCCGCUUUCAACCAGCGCAUGUGGGGUGUUUUUUUUCAUGUGUGUGCAUUUUCCGUCAAGACGAUUAAAUUCCCUCCCCUCCACUGUC